AUGUCCUCUGAAGAACAGCACCACCACCACUUCAUUCAGUGGCACUUAAACAAGCUCAUCAAUGGUUCAAGUUCAACCUUUCACUCCUAUAACCAAAGCCUGUUCCUAUUGCUGUGGUUUUUUGCCAUUCUCAUCUUUGUACCUUCAUUGUUCUUGUGCUUCCAUUUGUGCUGUCGCCGUUUCUCGCAACAACAAAGGUCCACUUCUACAACUGUGGUCUCUCCUCUACCUGAUCAAUGUGUUGUUGGAAUUGAGUUCAUGGCAAACCACACUCUGGUACCAUCUUCAACUAGCAUGGUUGGUGCAGGGUUUGAGAAGGAGGAAUGUUGCAUAUGUUUGAGUCUCUUCCAAAGUAAUGAAAAACUGAAGGUGUUAAUUGAAUGUGAGCAUGUUUUUCAUUCUGAGUGCUUGGACAUGUGGCUUAGUGGACAUCCUAGUUGCCCUCUAUGCAGGGCCUCCCUCCAUGUUAGUGAGAAUCUCAAGAAAUGA